AUGUGUACCGGGUCAGGUUCGGAUCCGGAGUCAAGCUCCAACGGGUGGAGCCGAGCUCGUGGCGUCGUGGUGAAGACACUUGUUCUAAUCGGAGGCGCUCUUCUCCUAAAGCGUCUAACUAAAUCAACCACUCGCAGGGAUCACGCUCGCGUCGUCUCUCGUUCUCUCACCGGAGAGAAGUUUACGAGGGAGCAAGCUUUUAGGGAUCCUGAGAAUUACUUUAAUAUAAGAAUGCUGAGUUGUCCAGCUGCUGAGAUGAUUGAUGGUUCACAAGUUUUGUACCUCGAGCAGGCAUUUUGGAGGACUCCUCAGAAACCCUUUCGUCAAAGAUUAUAUAUGGUUAAGCCGUGUCCAAAGGAGCUGAAAUGUGAUGUCGAGGUAAGUUCAUAUGCAAUCAGGGACGCUGAGGAGUACAGAAAUUUCUGCGACCGUCCUAAGGACCAACGCCCACUUCCUGAAGAAGUCAUUGGUGACAUUGGAGAGCAUUUGACAACUAUACACCUCAGUUGUUGUGACCGUGGGAAACGUUGCUUGUACCAAGGCUCAACUUCACCUGAUGGAUUUCCAAAUUCAUGGAAUGGGGCUAGCUAUUGUACUUCAGAUCUUGCAGUCCUGAAAAACAAUGAGAUACAUCUCUGGGAUCGUGGCUUCGAUGAGAAUCAAAACCAGGUUUGGGGACCAAAGCAAGGCCCGUACGAGUUCAAGCAAGCGACAUACUCAAGCAUCAACGAAAACCUGUCUUCUUUGAACAUCCUUUAUCAAUCUACAAUCGAUAGACCAAUUCAAGGAUCACUCAUUUUGCAAGACUAG